CGAUCGCCAAGCAAUCACAUCAGAUGCGGGGUCACAUCAAAAAGGGCGCAGAGCGGGAGAAACGUGGACACCAAGAUCUUAUCAGAUCAAUCUAACUCGCCACCAUCACAAGGUCGCGCCUACUGGAGCGCCCGACUUUCUCAGUCACAAUGGUCUUCCAUCCACCAUCAUGGGUCCCAGAUCUACCAAUUGAUCCCCCAGACUCCAUCAGCGUCGCCGAGUUUAUGAGCUCGGAAGAGUAUGGUCGAUAUCCUAUCAACAAGGCGCGACAUCCAUACACGUGCGGUUUGACUGGAAAGACGCGUACGGCCGGGGAGGUUAUCCGCAGAGAGGGCUUUCUUGCGCGGGGCAUUGGCAAAGCCCUCCAACUCGACUCGCAAUCUGGGUCGGAAUGGGAUCGCGUCUUCGUCAUAUUUUCCCUCAACUCCAUUGACUACAUUCCCCUCACGCAUUCCAUCCAUCGUCUCAAUGGUAUCGCCAGUCUGAGUAGCGCAGCCCUGUCGGCCUCGGAGUUAGAGCACCAGCUCCGCGCUUCACGCGCAAAAGCAGUCUUUACUUGUGCGCCUCUUCUCGAUACAGCUCUGAAAGCUACAGAGACAGUUGGCAUAUCGCAACAAAAUGUGUUCCUCCUUCCAGUGCCCGGCGCCACCACCACGCAUGGUUUCAAGACAAUCGAGGACCUCAUCAAUGAGGGAGACAAAUUACCCGCCUUAUCACCCCUUCGAUGGACAAAAGGACAGGGCGCUCGACAAACAGCCUAUCUCUUGUAUUCGAGUGGCACUUCUGGUCUGCCGAAACCCGUCAUGCUCUCGCACUACAACAUCAUAUCAGGCAUAAUCCAAACAUGCACAUUCGACUCCGUCUCCCGAAAAGCCGACGGAAUUGAUACACAAGUUAUGCUUGGAGUGUUACCAUUCAGUCAUGUCUUCGGGCUGAUGCUUAUCACUCAUUUAGGGACCUACCGCGGCGACGAGAUCAUCGUUAUGCCUCGGUUCGAAUUCGAGCCCUUCCUGGCCGCGGUCAGUCGCUUCAAGAUACAGCAACUUCCAAUUGUCCCCCCCAUCGUGAUCCAGAUGCUUGAUAGGAGAGAACUGUGCAGAAGGUAUGAUUUGAGCAGUGUUAGAUUUGUGUAUACUGGUGCUGCACCUCUUGGGAAGGAAACAGUGGAUGAUCUGUUGGGUAUUUAUCCGAAGUGGCAUCUUGGGCAAGGCUAUGGAAUGACGGAGACAGCAACCGUCUUCAUACAAAGCAGCGAACACGAUACCCAAGUUGGAACAACGGGCUCACUAUUGCCAGCAGUGAAAGCCAGAAUCGUGGACCCCGACGGAAAAGAGAUCACUGAAUACGAAAAGCCAGGCGAACUACUGAUCCAAAGUCCAACGGUAUCUAUUGGCUACUUCAACAACCCCAAGGCCACCGCCGAGACCUUCUUCGGAGAUGGUACCGGCCGUUGGAUUCGAACGGGUGACGAAGUGCUGGUUCGCAUGUCAGAGAGUGGAAAUGAGCACUUUGUCGUUGUUGAUCGCGUUAAGGAGCUCAUCAAAGUCAAGGGCCAUCAAGUCGCACCGGCAGAGCUUGAGUCCCAUCUUCUCACACAUCCCGCCGUGAGCGACUGCGCAGUCAUACAGAUACCCGAUGCACGAGCCGGCGAGGUUCCGAAAGCGUUUGUUGUAAAAGCAAACCAUGCAGAAGAGCCUGAUGAAGAACUUGUGAGGGAUAUCCAGCGCUAUGUUGAAGAGCAUAAAGCUAGGUACAAGUGGUUGAAGGGUGGAGUCGAGUUUAUUGAAGCGAUACCGAAAAGUCCAACUGGUAAGAUAUUGAGACGGAAGUUGCGCGAUAGAGAGAGGGAGACUAGAAAAGCAGCAGGGGCAAAACUGUGAGGUCAACUGUAUGCUCUGGUGGAAGAUUUGGACAUACAAAUAUUUUUUCUGGUCGUUGACAAACUAAAACUCAUUACUUUCAUAUCGUUCAAACAUCAAGACAUAUACAUAAUCUGAAAAGAGCCCACCCGGGCUGCUAAAAGCCGUUUACUAUCGCAGCGAGCUUUGAGUUUACAGCUCCUCAGUUCCCUCAGUGUCCUCACC